ACCAAAGGUCCCAGAUUUUAUGUUAAAUUGGAUUCCAGAAUGGUAUUUAAACUUGAUGUAUCGAUGUUGGAGUGAUGAUCCUUCUGAGCGCCCUAUUGCUGUUGAAUUAGUUGAUUUGUUUUGUGAAGUAUCAGAAAAACUUGGUUAUAAUAUAGUGGAUGAUAAUGCUAUGCGACAACUUAAAAUCGCUGAUGAAAAUCAAAAAAAUACAUCAAAAUCUCAAAAGCAAGAAUUAUUUGAAUUAUUUUCACAUUCAAAUAAGUUACAUCCACAAUCAUGUUAUAUUAGCCGAUAUAUUCAUACUCUUCACGGAUUGCAUAAUUUAUUGGAAGAAAUAAAAAUUGGAAAAUCUGCAGCAAAUGAAUCAAAUGAAUCAACAAGUGUCAAUACUCAUAAUAUGGGUGAGGAAACAGAAAUUCAAAGCAAGAAGAAAAAUGUCAUUAAACCUUGGAUUGGGUUGUGA